GUAAGUCUAAUCAAAUCAAUUAUUUUUGUAUUUGUAUAUUCUAUGUAACCUUUCUUUAUCCAGGUAAGAUAAUUAACAGAUUCUCGUUUGCGACGUCGACGUGGCUGCAGACAGGAGAGGAAAACAAAAACAAAGAUGGACCAUCAGUAGUGUCAAAAGUAUUAAAGCGACAUCAUAUUGCUAAUAAUUUUAGCUAUGUGUCAUAUUUUUUUAUUUUAUUGAUGAAGGUCAAUAGACAAGAAAUCAAAACAAACAAUAUAGUCAAGACAUAAUUCAAAAGAGGAAUCAGGGAUUUUAUGUAAGAGCAUAAGACAAGGUUUAACCGCUUUUUUGGUUUUAGACUUAAAUGUGGUACUCAUAUUUGGUCUGGUUUCAUUCUCAAAAAUAAAAAAGGUUUUAAAUGACUACAUUUAGAUUUGUGGAUAUGAAAUGUUGCAAGAAUCGCCACUAAAUUCACAACGCACUUUAAUUUGAAGAAACCAAAGAACACAUUUGUCCAAUGAAGAGUGAAGUCAGAGUCCGCAUCAAUAAUAAACCGGGUUACAAUGAGUUAAUAUAGCAACAUUGCCAGAUUAGGGCUGCAAAGUCAACUUUACAUUCAACAUUUUGCACAUUAUACAGGAAGUUUCACGAGUUAAAAUAGUACACAUUUGAAACGCAAAGUUGAAUGAAGCAUGGGAAAACCUGCAUUACAUUUGAUACAUACAAAUGAUAUUUCACAUGGACUUUUCAGCCUUCUGAUUUUGGCAGGCGCUUAUUGACUGCAAGUAUAUUUCAAAGUCCUUGUAAAAUAUUUUUUUAAAAAGCAGCUUAUGGGUCAAAUUCAUAUUUAUAUUAAACUUUGCUAAUAAAAUGUGUUUUUAUUGUCAACCUUGUCACGCAUAAAACACUACGAGGCUGUGCAAAAAGUUUUUUUUAAAUUAUAAAUCAGCUGUUUUUUGUUUUUUAAAUCAGCCAUUUUUAACAAAUGUUUUCUUAAGUCAUCUGUUUGUUUUUUUUAAUGAAUGUUUUUUGUUUUGUCUUUCAAACCUGUUUGUGUGGAAGUACGCCAUCAUUCCCGGAAACUGAUAUAUGACGUAACAAAGAAAGGUUGGCCGACUAUAAUAACUUGGUUGUCAUUGGACCAUUCAGCUGGCAGUCAAGUGGCGUUCGUAGUGUCGUAGACCCGAACACGGCAGCACUUUACGGCACUCACGCUACGCUAGGCUAGGUGGUCAUUGGCAAUAUUUUGGCUGCUGAGCACUGAAGUUUGAAGUUUGCAGUUAUAACGUAUGUGACGUAAUUAUGCCUCAAGUGCAAAAUGUCAUCUUCUGCUCCAAAUAAACUCAAUACUGUGAUCAGCAAGUACACAGCGGAGAUGUCUGCCAAAGAGGCGGAGUCUCGCACGCGGGCCGUGUGCGUCAGUCCCUGUGACUCCGCCCCCCUGGUGUGGCGUACGGAGGACGUGGCUGCGGUGCGCUCUCUCGGCCUGGUGGGGGCGCUGCUCGGCUCGCUGCCGCGCACCCCCCGGCAGAACGUGCGAAUGGGGCGCCCGUUGUUGUUGCUGCCCGUGGAAGAGCGACUUCUGGACCGGCACCGCGCCACUGCCGAGGCGGCCAUCACGCAAGCGGACGCGGGCCAGCAGGUGACGUUGUUCCAGGAGACUCUGCGGCGAAGCUACGAGGAGCAGCGAGUCCUCGCUCUGCGCGACAGGAAGUUGGCUAUGGCACGCGCGCUCGGCUCGUCGGACCCAGGGUCGGAGGGCGACGGUGAGGACGGGCGGCGGCGGCGCCGCCUGGAGGCUCUGGAGCACAACUUCAGCUUCCCACGCUCGGCGAUGACGGUCCAGUUGAGCACGGCGAGGGCGGGGCUCGCACACCUAUUGGCGGGCGGCGAGGGGGCGGGGCCGACCUACGGCCCGGACGGCCACGCCCUCCGCCGGCCCGCCGACCCGCGACCCGACGCCAGGUACCGAGUGUUCGCGGACCUGAGGGGGCGGGGCUUCUACUUGACAUCGGCCGGGAAGUUUGGCGGAGAUUUCCUGGUCUAUCCCGGCGAGCCUCUUCGCUUCCACGCACACUUCAUCGCCGUGUGCGUGCGCGCAGACGAGCGCGUGUCGCUGUUGGACCUUCUGGCCGUGGCCCGUCUGGGCUCCAACGUCAAGAAGACCGUCCUCUUGUGCUCGCCGCGCGACGACGGCGUGACGUACUCAUCGCUCCGGUGGAGCGGGAUGGUCUGAUUGGACGAGGACGGGACCCGCACUUCCCGGGUGCCGGUCUGAGGCCGCCGCAGAGACCGCGCACGCCCCCGGGAGGGCGCUGCUGAGCUCGUUCCCUCAAGACAGACUUGUCAAGUGAGGUGUGUGAGGAAAGUUGUUUGCUUUCUUUCAUUUAUGCUGCGCUUUGGUCAACUGUUGUUUUUAAAGCACUCAAUAAAUAAAACUGGAUUGCAACUAGAUUGCAUCAUGACAAAAUUGA